AUGGCCAAAUUUUUUAACUUUGCUCUUUGUUUCCUUCUCAUCAUUUCAGUUGCAUUGGAUAUUAGUCAAGUGAAUGCACAACACAGAUGUACGAAAAUUCUGAAUCCAAAAGGAUGUGUUCUUUCUGAUUGCAAAAAAGAAUGCUUUCAGAAAUACAAUGGAAAUGGUCUUUGCUCAAGUGGUGGUACUAUUGGACAAUAUGUUUAUUUUGAAAUGGCAAACAAUAAUGUGACGGUCACUGUUGCUGCACCAUCCCAAACUGCUGUACCACCAAUGAAAUCGAGAAAAUUCUCUGAUUGUCCAGGUGGCGGCCCUUGUCCUGGUCCUGUUACUGGUGGGGACCUCGGAAGCGUCAUCUCAAAUUCCAUGUUUGAUCAAAUGCUUAAGCAUCGUAACGAAAAUUCUUGUCAAGGAAAGAAUAAUUUCUACAAUUACAAUGCCUUUAUCACUGCUGCUAGGUCUUUUCCUGGCUUUGGUACAAGUGGUGAUAUCAAUGCCCGUAAAAGGGAAAUUGCUGCUUUCUUUGCCCAAACCUCCCAUGAAACUACUGAAGCAUAA